AUGGAUCCCCAAACCCAGCAUGGCAGUGGCAGUUCGUUAGUCGUGAUCCAGCAGCCCUCUUUGGAUAGCCGGCAGAGAUUAGACUAUGAGAGAGAGAUUCAGCCUGCUGCUAUUUUGUCCUUAGACCAGAUCAAGGCCAUCAGAGGCAGCAACGAGUACACAGAAGGGCCUUCCGUGGUGAAAAGACCUGCUCCCCGGACUGCACCAAGACAAGAAAAGCACGAAAGGACUCAUGAAGUCAUACCGAUUAAUGUGAAUAACAACUACGACCACCGGCCCACGAGCCACUUGGGACAUGCAGGACUCGCCAGUAGCUCCAGGGGCCCCAUCUUGAGCAGAUCCACCAGCACCGGAAGUGCAGCCAGUUCUGGGAGCAACAGCAGUGCCUCUUCUGAGCAGGGACUCCUAGGAAGGUCUCCGCCAAGCAGACCCAUCCCCGGCCACAGGUCAGAUAGGGUGAUCCGGACACAGCCCAAGCAGCUGAUUGUGGAUGACUUGAAGGGCUCCUUGAAGGAGGACCUAUCGCAGCACAAGUUCAUCUGUGAACAGUGUGGGAAGUGCAAGUGUGGAGAAUGUACAGCCCCCAGGACCCUGCCAUCCUGUUUGGCCUGCAACAGGCAGUGCCUCUGUUCUGCCGAGAGCAUGGUGGAGUACGGAACCUGUAUGUGCCUAGUCAAGGGCAUCUUCUACCACUGCUCCAACGACGACGAGGGCGAUUCCUACUCGGAUAAUCCUUGCUCCUGUUCGCAGUCCCACUGCUGCUCUAGAUACCUUUGUAUGGGAGCCAUGUCCCUGUUCUUACCUUGCUUACUCUGUUACCCUCCCGCGAAGAGUUGCCUGAAGGUGUGCAGGAGCUGUUACGACUGGGUCCAUCGCCCAGGGUGCAGGUGUAAGAACUCCAACACUGUGUAUUGUAAGCUGGAGAGCUGCCCUUCCCGGGGUCAGGGUAAACCGUCAUGAUUUUUGGAGGUGGGUCGGACGGCCUGAGCUUCAGAGAAGAUGCUGUUAGAUAACUGAUUUUCGCUCCUUCAGAGUUGUUUCCCGUUUCCUGCCUUCCCUUGCCCUGUUGCCAGGGUUUGACUCAUGGAUUUUGCUCUUCUCGCUGGGCUGAUCAGCACUGAGAGUGGACUGGGAAACUGCACCUGGUUCCCGCUGAGGGCAGGAGCCUACAUCCGCUCCCAGGGUACAGAGAGCAGGCAGGCUUCUGGGUAGCCUCUGUGUUCUGCAGGCAACUUUGCAAAGUUGUGUGUGUGUGUGUGUGUGUGUGUGUGAACCUACACAUAACCCAGACUGCAGUGGUUUCGCACCGUUGGUACCUGGGUGCUAUGAAAACAGGGAGGUUGAAACAACGUUUGAAUUGCUUUUAAAUAAGCUAUGUGGAAAAUAUGUCCCCAAGUAAGGCUAUCCUCUUGGCGUUGGAUCCCCAAAUAGAAUGGGAGAUAAAUUUUUGUUAUAACCUAAUUUUUUUUUCUUUAGCCUCUGCCCUCCUUCUUUUUGUCCUUCGAAGUUCUCGCCCUUCAGUUUUGGUGUUAUCUUAUUCUGAAGAUUCCAGGUGUUAUACUUGGUUUUGCUCUCUUCUUUCUUCAUGAUUUUAGAUUGGCUUUCUCUUGUAAAUCUUUACAUUGGAGAUAUGUUGGUUGUAUCUUGCUUAUCCUUAUUCUAGUUUGUGUAUUUGUGAAGGACUCGGCUGCCUUCCACAUCCCAUGUUCUUCAUCAAAUUUUUGUUGUCAUUAAGGGCACUUGGAUAAUUAUAGCUGAUCAAUUUAUGGAUGUCACAGAACUAUGCUCCCCACAGCGAUCUGGCUGCUAGGUGGUCCUUUUGGCCCCCUGGUUAGUUAACAGCUGAUUAAUUCUAAUCUUUUCUGUAUUCAUUGCCUUAACCACAAGUUGUGGUGCUUUUUGUAUAUUUUAUGUAUAAAUCACAAAGUUGAAUUCUGACUAUUUUUAAGACAAAAGUCUGUUAAACUUUUUUAUUGUAAAGAAUAUUUAUUAUGCGAAUCUAUUAUUUUAUGAUAUUUAUUACAAAAGACUGUUCAAAUGUACUCAUGUCUGAAUAUAACAAAAUAUCAAUACUUAAUGGAAAAUAAGGUGACACGAAGAAAGUACAUAUGUUAACUAUAAUGCAGAAAAUAUAUUAAUUA